AAAAAACCCUGAAAAGCUCAUUUCGCAGCAGCCUCUCUCUUUUCGUUUUAGCCACACUGAGAAGAAAGAAGAGCGAAACUCUCCAUUUCACAGAACCAUGCCGCCGAAGUUGGACCCGAGCCAGAUCGUCGAUGUGUACGUCCGUGUAACCGGAGGUGAGGUCGGAGCCGCCAGUUCCCUAGCUCCAAAGAUCGGUCCUCUCGGUCUCGCACCGAAGAAGAUCGGAGAAGACAUCGCCAAGGAGACGGCCAAGGAAUGGAAAGGGCUCCGUGUCACAGUGAAGCUGACUGUUCAGAACCGUCAGGCUAAGGUCACUGUCGUCCCAUCAGCUGCAGCUCUCGUCAUCAAGGCGUUGAAGGAGCCGGAGAGAGACAGGAAGAAGGUGAAGAACAUUAAGCACAAUGGUAACAUCUCAUUCGAUGAUGUGAUUGAGAUUGCUAGGAUAAUGAGGCCAAGAUCUAUCGCCAAGGAGCUGAGCGGGACUGUGAGGGAGAUUCUUGGAACGUGCGUCUCUGUGGGAUGCACUGUUGAUGGGAAAGACCCUAAGGAUCUUCAGCAGGAGAUUCAAGAAGGUGAGAUCGAUAUUCCUGAGAAUUAAGAAAAAAAAAAGCAACAAUGGUGUUUUUUUUUUUGUUUUCUCUGAUGGGAAUUUGAAAUGAUGUUGUUAUCUCUCUGUCUCUCCUUUUUUUUUUUACCCUAUUUUGUUUUUGUUUGGGAACUUAGCUGCUAUGGUGUUUCAAUUAGAAUGACUCAAGUUUUGAAUUAUUAUUGUUCUAUGUUUCAAAAAUCCCAAUGGUUCUCUCUCUUCUUCUA